GCUGCGCCUUUUACCGUUUCCAGUUUCCACACAACAUUCACGUACGCAGACAAGCAGCGUAAAAAGCUGACGAUGAACCGUCGGAUCAGCAAGAAACCAUCAGUCAUCAGUGGGACAAAGUGAACGUAAAUGUAAAAAUUAUUUAAUAUCUUCCAUCGAAGCAGCGCACGUAGUCGCAGUUUUCCGAUAAAAAGUGGUGUUUAACUUUUUUUUCCUGAAAGUUGAAGUUGAAAAAUCUUCCACUCGCGUGGGUGGCCAGAGCCUUCUGGCUGGGAAUUGGGGGUAUUUGUAAAAUAGUGCUAUAAAGUGUCGAAAUUUCAAGUGUGCUUGAGGCAAGAAAAAGUUAUUUCAUAGAAAGAUAAAAAUUCCAUAACGCAAUCUGUGCAGCUUGUUCCUCGGAACGAAGUGAAAUCCCUUCCGAUAAUGGUCCCAAUCAGGAAAUUAUCUGCUGCGCUGGUGAUUGCUCUAAUUUGCUGUGUUUUACUGGUGAAUGGUUUCACAUUGCAACAGCAAAAAGGUGUCACCCCUACUGGGGCCAUAAUCGAGGACGAAAGCUUUCUGCAGAAUCCGCAUUAUGAAAGCAACAACGAGUUGCAGGAUCUACUGGCACGGCUCCAAAAGGAUCAUCCGUCUCUGGUGAAAAUCCACAAUGUUGGAAGUUCACUAGAGGGACGACCACUGCUAGCUAUUGAGAUACGACCAAAUAUCGAUCGGCCCAGGCAACUGCUGAUGCCAAUGUUCAAGUACGUGGCCAACAUGCACGGCGAUGAAACAAUUGGUCGCCAAUUGCUGAUCUAUCUGGCACAAUAUCUGGUUAACAACUAUGACCACGACCCCGAGAUUGCAGCAUUGAUCAACAGUACCGACAUUUUCCUAAUGCCGUCGAUGAAUCCGGACGGAUAUCAACGGGCCAAGGAAGGCAACUGCGAAUCCUUGCCGGGUUAUGUUGGCCGUCACAAUGCCAUCAGUGUGGACUUAAAUCGAGAUUUCCCGGAUCGUUUCGAUGAUGACCGAACGCGACAUCAGCGACGAAAUCGGCGCCAGCCGGAAACCGUUGCCGUUAUGAACUGGAUUCUCAGCAAUCCGUUCGUACUGUCGGCGAAUCUGCAUGGAGGUGCGGUUGUGGCCAGCUACCCGUUUGAUAAUUCCAUUAACCACCAUGAUUGCUGCGAAGAUAGUCCAACGCCGGAUAAUCAUUUCUUCAAGUAUGCUGCUCUGACGUACGCUCAGAACCAUCCGGUGAUGAAAACAGGACAAGACUGUAACGAAACAUUCCAGAACGGCAUUACCAACGGAGCAUAUUGGUACGAACUAAACGGUGGCAUGCAAGAUUUCAACUACGUCUACAGCAAUUGUUUUGAGAUAACACUGGAACUGAGCUGCUGCAAGUUCCCGAAAGCAAGCGAACUUCCGGUGGAAUGGCACAAGAACAAACGAUCGUUGAUUGAGUACAUCAAAUUGGUAAACGUUGGCGUGCGGGGCCUCGUCACUGACAGCAGUGGAUUCCCUAUCAAAGACGCUGAUUUGAUUGUGGAUGGAAUCAAUCAAAACAUUCGAACCACUGAAAGGGGCGAGUACUGGCGCCUGCUGGUACCAGGCAACUACAAAAUUCGAGUCGAAGCAGUUGGAUACUAUCCCAGCCAAGAGGUGCCGAUCACAAUCACCGCCGAGCAACCGCUACGCGUGAACUUCAGUCUAAAGUCGUACGAUGCCGACGAAGUUUCAGAUAAAACGAAGCAUCCUCGGAUCAUAAGACAGCUACCCGAUCAGUAUGGAUUCCGGAGACCGCCCAAGUUCGAACAUCAUAAUUUCACUGCAAUGGAAGCUAUCAUCCACGACAUGGCCGAGAACUACCCGUCCAUAACCAGGCUAUAUUCCAUCGGCAAAAGCGUUCAGCAGCGAAAUCUUUGGGUUAUGGAAAUCACCCGACAUCCAGGGCAGCACAUACCAGGCAAACCAGAGGUGAAAUACAUCGCCAACAUGCACGGUAACGAAGUCGUAGGUCGUGAGCUUCUGCUUUUGUUCGCCAAGUACCUGUGCGAGAAUUACAACCAAACGGAACGUGUCACCAAAUUAGUCAACAAUACCCGUCUUCAUAUACUGUUCAGCAUGAAUCCCGAUGGUUACGAAAUUUCCGAUCCCAAGGACAAAGACAAUCUGAAAGGGCGAGCCAAUGCAAACGGCGUUGAUCUAAACCGUAACUUCCCGGAUCAGUUUGGCAAAAAUCGGUACAAUAUCAAGCAGGAACCAGAAACACAGGCUGUCAUGAACUGGUCCUUGUCGAUUCCGUUCGUUCUUUCUGCUAAUCUACAUGGAGGUGCACUAGUGGCCAACUAUCCUUUCGACGAUUCACCCAAGGAUUUUGCUUACUCCAACGAAUACAGCAACCCUAGGACAGUAAAAAAUCCUACCGAAGAAAACGAAAUGUUUCAAUAUUUGGCGCAUACCUACGCUAACGCUCACACAACGAUGCACCUAGGUGAACCAUGUUCCAACUUUGUGCGAGAAAGCUUUCCGGAUGGAAUUACCAAUGGAGCCGCAUGGUAUUCGGUGACAGGUGGAAUGCAAGAUUGGUCUUACAUCACUGGUGGUGCCUAUGAAUUGACGCUAGAGGUGGGCUGUGAAAAGUUCCCCAAAGCAGAAGAUUUACCGCAGUACUGGUUGCAAAAUCGAGAAGCCUUGCUAAAAUACGUUGAACAGGCACAGCAUGGAAUAACAGGAACUGUAAAAAGCACAAUAGGGCAUGCGAUCCCGCACGCGUCGAUCCAGGUGAAUCACAUUCAACAUGUCACGUUUACGACCGCCGAGGGCGAUUACUACAAGAUAGUGCUCCCUGGACUGUACAACGUGACAGCAGAAGCAGCAGGCUAUGAACCUCAAACCGUGCAAGUUCACAUCCCACCAGAGGCAACUGGACCAGUUGAGGUAGAAUUCCUUCUGAUGAGAGAUGAUCCUCAGCACUGGUCAUCUGCUUAUGAUUUUCGUAUCUUGGAGAAUGUGGUAAAUACUCGAUACCACAACGACAUUGAAAUCAGAACAAUGAUGAGCGAAUUCGAAAAUAAAAACUACAAAACUGCCUCCCUAGAAUUCGGUGAUAACGAGAUGUCCAUGGAGUAUCCUUCGAUCAAAAUGACUGACAGUAUUGGAACCCCGGAAGAAACGAAACUACACAUCCUUAUCCUGUCUUCAUUGUUCCAAAGUGCUGUAAUCGGUCGGGAAAUGGUUUUAAAUCUGGCGCGCCAUAUUUUAGAGGGUUACAAAAUUCCCGAACCUGCACUGUUGCAACUGCUGAAAAAUGUUGUCCUCCAUUUUGUACCCAUUAAAAUGGACACCGAACAAUUGCUGGAACAAUUUCACGCUAACAGCAGCAUUUGCGAUCCGGUCGUAAAGAACGAGUUGGCCGAUAAGCUGCUGAGCGCGGAAACAGAUCAUCAAAAAGAUAUGCUCCUGCGAAUGUUCCAAGAAGAGGAGUACGAUUUAGCACUGAACUUUGCCGCCGGAGGCAAUGAUGUAUUCUAUCCAAAUACAGACGACAAGGUGGCCAUAUACCAUAGAUUUGCCGACCGAAUUAAAGGGCACAAGUACACCGCGGUCAGCAACGAACAGUGCCCUGAGAAUGCAGGCAGACUCCACCAGGAGGACGCCAUUCAGCGACUAACAAAUCAGCUGCACAGUCUGUACAAGGUUCCACUUUUCACUCUCCAGCUAGGUUGUUGCAAAAUGCCCCAGGAAAAUGAAAUUGCUUCAGUUUGGCGCCAAAAUCUGGAGCGAAUGACAAAUUUCCUACGACUUGUCGACACCGGUAUCAAGGGUUACGUGAGAGAUAUUCGAGGAAAUCCUAUUCGCAAAGCUAUAUUGAAAGUGCGUGGUAACAAUCUAAUCUACAAGGUUACACCCAAUCUGGCUCACUUCCGGGUGAUACUUCCAUCCGGAUCGAUGGAAAUUGAGUUCAGUUGCUUAAAUUACACAUCGCGGAUUCAAUCGAUCACAUUAAAUCAGAAUCAAAUUCUCGACAUGGGAGAUAUCGUUAUGCAGGAAACGAACCGGUUAGAAGGUGUAGCAGCUAUUCAGCCUUUGUUCCCAACCGCAACCCCGCAACAUCAUGGUAGCUUCGCUGUUUUGGAACCGGCUGCUAAAAUGAAGGUGUUUCCCAUGGAUGGGGGUGUGGAGAUACAUGGCCGAAUUUCAGGUUUCAUUCUGGAUGAGUUCAACCAUCCACUUCCAAACUCGAAAGUGUACAUUCAAAACAAAGUCAUCAAUAUGACCUCGAUAACUGAUUCACUCGGAAAAUUCCAAUUGGAUGGGGUUUUACAAAAAGAUUUGGUUUUGCACGUGAAAUCUUCGGGAUACACACCUGAUGACCGAACACUUCACAUGAGCCCGCUGGGAGAAAUCUCUGGGGUGAUAUUCCACCUGAAACGAGACGAACGAGUAUUGGGCAUCCCAAGGCUGCUGUUCGUAAUUCUGGCAGGGUGUGCCUCUGUCGCCAUAAUAGCAUGUGGCGUGAUAUGUUUCCAAUACAUUCAGGCCCGCCGGCGGAACUCUCGGUAUUACUACAAUUUUUCUAUGUUACCGCAAAAAGGUGAACAGACCCGAAGACUUUUCGAUGAUGACGAAGACGGAGAAACAGAAUUGUAUCGAGCGCCAACGAAAAAGCUCCAACCCUACUACGAUGACGAACGAGACCCGAUCAGCGAAACUGAUGAAGACAGCGAGGAGGAGAUCGUGAUGUUAAACUCAACUUUCCGAAACUAGACCCCAAGAGAGUAAAACGUUACGAUGGCAAUCAACAGGUAGCACGCAUAUAUCAAAACGCUUAUCGUAGGUUCAAGUAAAAACGGGCCCUUUGAAAUAGGAACGAUAAGCAUGAAAUUUCUGGGUUGUACAGAUGGGUUCUCAGAAGUCAAUUACGGUGACAAAUCAUAGCGUACCGCAUUUCAAUUCUGUUCAUAAAAGCGUGUUUUGGGAUUUCCAUAAUGAUGCUAUGUGUAGUGUAAAAAUUAAGCCGUUCAUGUUCUACAUUCAAGUGGAUCAACAAAUAGAAAGUACGAAUAACAAGAAUAAAUGUGAUAAUUAUUGUUGAACUACAAAAAGUGCACAUCAUUGACAGAUGCAGCUCGAUUCGAGCAAAAACGAAAUGAUCUUUUAGUUAAAUGUUAAUUGUUAUACCGAUGCUCUACUAAGACUUCAAAGUACUUAUGAAGCACGACUAAAGUAGAAAUAGUGAGUCGUUUAGCUAAGUUAAAUGGAAUACUAGUGAGACAUUAAACUGAAGAGCGUUGAUUUUAGAUGAAAAUAUUUUUGCAAUAAAAACUAUGUAAUUCUGACAACUUUGA